AUGAGGAUUACCUACAAAGUUUUAUUUCGAGCUUUAUCUUCUUGGGAUAUUGUAACUGGUGUAUGCGUGGAAAGAUUACCAGUAGUAACACCACCUCUUAAUGAAAUACAAAAGAAAUUUAAAGAUUUACUAUGGAAAAUGGAAAUCGAGAAAAGUCUCAAAUCCGAUCAUGAAAUCAGAGAUGAGAAUGAUAAAAUACAAGCAGAACUCCUUAAAAAUGAAAAUGCGGACGUAGACUUAGAUACUGUUAGUAAAAUAACAGCUCAAGAUUUUGAAGAUUUGUCUAAUGAAGAAUUGGCCCAGUUUAAGUUCGCAGAUAUUAUAACAGAAGCAGAUAAAAAAGGUGAUAAAAGCACCAAUAAUAGGUGUCUUCAAAGACAUCUAGUACUUGUAACACAAGUGAAAUUAGGAACUGAUACGAAGUCCAUUUUACCUCAAGGUGUAUGGAAAGAAGGAGAGACUUUACGUCAGACUGCAGAGAGAAUACUGUUAGAGCAAUGUGGGCCUGAAUUGAAAGUGAAAUUUUUAUCAAAUGCUCCUUGUGGUUUUUACAAAUACAAGUACCCAUCGGAAAUCAAUGGAAAAAUGGGUGCAAAAGUAUUCUUCUAUUACGCAAAUUAUCAAUCUGGGAAUGUUGAUAAAAAAUCAAAACCGACUUGGUUAACGAGAAGUGAAUUAAACAAUAUGUUGCCAGAAAAAUAUAACAAGUCUCUUCAAAGCUUUCUAAUAGAAGAAACAUUU